AUGGCUUCCCCAAAUGUUGAGUUCAAGUGCUAUGUUGGCGGUUUUGACCAUUACACUGAUGAAAAAGAUCUUGAGAGAGCCUUUUCAAAGUUUGGCGACGUUAUCGAUUCUAAGAUCAUUCGCAAUCAUGUUACCGGAAUAUCAAGGAACUUUGGGUUUAUUACAUUCAAGGACGAGAAGUCGAUGAGGGAUGCGAUAGAGGAAAUGAAUGGUCGGAAGCUCGAUGGUAACAAGGUCGAUACGAAAGAUGUAAAGUUUGAGUGCGUUGUUGGCAAUCUAGCUGAGUGCACUACUGAAAAGGAUCUCGAGAGAGGCUUUUCCUUAUUUGGUGAGGUUAUCGAUUCCGAGAUCGUUUAUGAUACCGAGACACACAAAUCUAGAAGAUUUGGAUAUGUUACUUUCAAAGAUGAGGAGUCGAUGAGGAACGCCCAGUGGCGGAGCUACACCCACCAACAUGGGGUCAAUGAACCCAGCAAAAUUAAGAAAAUUAGUGUAACCUAA